AUGAUAAUUCAAUCCUCUUCAUUUGGUGGGACAGUCGAAGUCCAGUCGGCUGCAGAUGCAGAGCUUGUCCGUCGUGACUCCCGCCUCGAUGAACGUGCGUGAACAAUUGACACCGCUGCCAUUUGAAGCGCCAUCCAGCCCCCCCAAUAUGUCAAGACGCAAAUAUUGUAUCGCCAGGCGGCACAGUUUACUACUUAUUUCUCCUCUAUGCAGGUCACCGGUAGAGUUAAUCCAUGGUUGGUGAUCGCAAUUAUUUUGAUAACUGAGACACACAGUGGAUGCUGUGACCUGCGAAGCUGUCAACUGAGAUCCAAUAUAAAUCCUGGGUUCCGGAGAAAAAGUGUUUUUUGCAGGAAGAAGAGGUUUGCUGGCCUGACUUUCCGGAUUCUCAACUGAGCCCAUCAGGUGGCUCACUAUCACCGAAACUGUUUUUAGCCCGCGCCAUCCAACAGGACUAAUUUCUCUCCGAAUAAACCUCUUGUUCUUGUGAUGCCGCCUUCUUUUUCUUCCUGAAACUCGCCACUUCUCAAUCAGUCUCCACUCGUCAGACCUCACUAUGUUCUGAUGAUUCAGCGCCUCCCUUAUCGUAAGCAUUCAGACGCUUUUGAGGCUAUCGAAAAACAGUGAGGGUCAGUCUUUCCUUCCGAAGAAAAACAUGCGGUCUUUGAGGCUAGAGGCUUGUUAGGCUGAUGUCCUGGAUUCGCACUCGAACCCAUCAUCACGGACAGUCGCAUAUAAGAAUCAUGUAAUCAUAAGAAGCGCAGUAUUUAUAAGACACAGCGGCCACGUAGCCGAAUGCCCACUAUAAUUGACCACUUUCUUUUUCAUUGCUGUGGAUCGAAUUUGGCUCGAUGACUGCCUGCUAGUUAACCUUUCAAUUAACCCCACGUCCCAGCGGUCGCAUUCUCUUCUUUUACUGAACGGAUUUCUGAAACUCGCCUCCUCGCUUUUAUCUGUCCUUCCCUUGUCAGGUAGUAGAACAGUUGUAGACGAUUCAACUGUGAUUACGGCACUUGUACCUCAUGCGUUAACACAUGUUGUCGUCCCCAACAGAGCCCUAGCUGUAGGAGGAGCAUCUGCCCCUAUUAAAACGAACACGUUUAUGAGGCGACGGAUAGGCUAGGCUUGCCAGGAUAGUGGACUAUUUAUCCAAUACGAUGAACUUGCAGAGUUUAACGAUAGUGUGCAAAUCAGGCAACGAGGGAUCGAUUUCCGAACUGGCAGACUUCAAAAAAUAAUUAAUAAAAAAAGUUUGACAUUUGUAUGCAUUUAUCAGACAGCAGUUGUCUGUUGAUUGACCUGGACCGAUUUUUUUCAACGACGCAGUGAAUUUGCACAGUAGUUGAUAAGCAGGCGUUUAGUCUUUUUCAGGAAGAUAUGACGGCUUGAGCAGUAGUCAGAAUGUUAUUACCGACAAAGUCAGGGGAGACUGGAAUGACCAUUUUGGCUUAUUAGCCGUCGUCAGCCAGUCAUACCCGACCCCCCGAAAUGUGGAACACCCGAGGGUGGAACUCGCGAUCUCUUAGUUAGAAGUCCACGCCUAUAAACACUGGGCCACGAGCCCGUUGCCCUGUGGGUUUUCGAUCGGGAAUAUACAAUGGUAGGGGACGCUCACGGAUCGUUCUUAUGGAACUCACUCGUUCCGUUGUUGCCUCGAGCCACGGGUGUUCCAGACUUCGGGGUUGGUUAUGACUGACUGACAACGGCUAAUAAGCCAGAAAUGGCCAUUUCAGUCUCCCUUGUCUUCGUCGGUAAUAUCAUACUGCCUAUCUCAUGCGCCGCUGUGCGGCUGCUGGUUGGGCUCGAGAAAGAGCCCGUAAGGCACAACGGAACAAGUGAGUUCCUUAAGAACAGUCGUUGAGCGUCCCUUACUAUUUAGUAAGAAUAUUUUUGUUCAGGGUGAUUUUACGUGAAAACAGGAAAAUGCUUCUUCUUUCAGCAUUCUCAAUCAGAUCGAUCAAGUGCUCAAAACAUCCAACUCAACGUUGCCAUUCUCAAAAAUUUUUGAUAUGGCAUUUGUCCUGUUACUGCAAGACCCGAACAUAAAUAUUGCGUUUUUGAAUGCUCAGUGCUCGUGUCAGACCAUCGAACGCCUCCGAACCAAGUAAACAAACACCCAUAUGCGUCAUGGCAACCUACGCCUCCGUAAAUACGAUCAGUAACGAUACUCGCGGUCCUGUGUCUCAAUAUAUAAAUGUCCGCGAGCGUCGUUCGCGCAUAGCGCAGCAUGCAGUCUCCGAUAGUACUUUUCUGUCUCCUUGGACUGACUGUUUUAGCGGCUUCCCUUCGGCUGCAAGACGCAGCAGACCUCGACAAGCUGGUGGACGAGGUGAGCUCCGCGACGGCGCAGGAGGAGUGGGAGGAAUCCCAACUGCACGGAGACGAGGUCCUGGCCCCAGCGCGGAUUCCACUGAAGCCACUUGGGCGCUUCGCCGGACGCGCUAUUAGAGCGGGUGCGCGAGCGGUCGUACGGGUUGGGAAGAAGGUCUGGUCGGGUGCCAAGAGGGUCGGCAGAGCUGUGUGGCGUCAAGUCAGCAUUCCGCUGGAGUGGCCCAAGAAGAAGGACAAGAAGAAGCGAUGA